AUGACGAUAGUAACUAAUCCAGCGCGGACCAACUCCGACGAUGAGAUCCAGACGGGGGUAGCAAGCACAACUUGCAUGGAGUACGGUGAAAUAGAUAUUGACGCUCACACGGGGCUUUAUGAUGAUGAAAAGCAGAGCGACAUCGUGUUUGAAGUUGGAAUCAACGGUGACACUUGGCGCUACCCUGGGCACCGCCGUGUGCUCGCUGCUACCAGCCCUGUAUUCGCGGCCCUGCUUUCUUGCAAAACUGACGUCAUUGUCGUUGACUACAUUGAUCGGAGGGGUUUCGAACAACUACUUCGUUAUCACUACUGUGAACCGACACAACUUAACUCAGUGGGGACAGCGCGUUGCGCACUAGAUGCUGCCUAUAAGUUUCUCUGCCCUCCACUUGCAGAGCGUUGUGCUCGCAGACUCGACGAAAUGCUCGAUGCUGGAGUAGCACUUGAAAUUUUACGAGACUUACGAUUCCUUUGUGCAAGACUACCCGGCGCAGCUUCUGCCCCUCCUCUGCCUGCUCUUUCCGAUGAUGCUGCCGCCCGCACCCUAGCGCAGUGCUCGCGCUGGUGCGACUCUCUCGCCCACAAUGCCCUUCUAGUAUUGGAUGACAACGCAGAUACAGCUUUGACUGAUGAACGCAUUGAGGAGCUCACAUACGAGGAUUUAAUGCUCAUUGUGAAACGUGAUACGCUACGAGUGUCAAGUGAGCUGGUAUUAAUCGAAGCUCUAUCUCGUUGGAGCACAGCUGUAUGUAAACGAACCAAGCGAGAAUUGACUCCAGCGAAUAAAAGAGCAGCGCUUGGAGAACUGUCUUAUUGUCCACGAUAUUUAUUGCUGUCCGGUGAAGAACUCGAUCGAGCCCUCGCUCUUGAAUUACUUGAACCGAUGGAACGCGCUUUAGUUCUGGCCCGCGCUCGAAAACUAUCUGCACCGAUACCAGUGGGCAAUGAACAGGAGGCACUGCUCCGUCGCUGGGCUCGUCCCCGGCCCACAGAGCCGGCAGCCCUGCCCGUACACCUUAGUGCACGUUCUGAGCCACCGGUUGAAGAUGAACGAGCCAGUAAAUUAUGUGCGCGCCGCUCGAAGCGACCGAAACAGCCUAGCUUUGCACCCGACGAUAAACAAUCGAAACGAGGUUGCUGUGCGUGCUUUGGUGACGGACUCCUUAGAGCUCUCAUUUGUUUAUUCGACUGA